GCGCCCUCCGUCUCGUCCUCGCUCUUCUCCCCAUCCACUUUUUUGAUCACCUUCUACUUCGCUCAACUCUCUUACAAGCGCUUGCAAGCCCAACCCUCUUACACCUCUUACACCUUCACCUCUACCUCUCUUCGCUUUCUUCUCCAGUAUGCGCUUCCUCCUGCCACUCGCCCUCAUUGCCCUCACGACGCUGGCCGUCGUGUGGGGCAAGCCGGUCGCCUUCGAGGUGCGCGAGCACUCGACGCGCCCCGACUACGUCAUCUUCCAGCGCUGCGUCGGCCUCGGCUGCUCGGAGCGCAAGCCGUACGCGACCAAGCGCGGCACGCUCGAGGGCCUCGGCCUCUUCGACCGCCACGUCGCCUCGGGCACGCCCUCCCUCUUCAUGGGCGCCCGCCACAAGCUGCCCGGGCCUCUCGGCGCCGACAAGCGCGAGACGGCCACGCCCUCCACGCAGUCCAAGCCGCUCUACUCCAAGCUCUUCGCCAUCUUCAAGGCCGCUCCCAAGGUCGCCAAGACGGCCGACAAGCUCACCAAGGAGAAGCCGGAGGAGUCGUCGUCCAAGCCCGCCGCCGCCGGCACGCCCACCACGCCGCAGGCCGCCGGCGCCGCCAAGCCCGCCGCUGCCGUCGAGGCCAAGCCGGCGGCCGCUGUCAAGCCCGCCGCGGCGGCCGCCAAGCUCGAGGCACGCUACCGGCGGCCAGCUGGCCCCGUACUGCCCUAAGCGGCUUCUCACACUCGCUCAAAUCACUCGCAGGGGUGGGCUUCCGGAGCGCCGGCUGGUCCGGGCGAUGGAGGAUGAGACGUGGUGCCCAAUAGUCAUGUCUUGCAUACGGAGA